UAUCAGCAUUUUCAUUGACCGCGUAGUUUACAGUGGUUAUAGCAAUCUAACAAACCAAAGUGUAAGCGUUGGAGGUAAUAUCUCUUUCUUAAAACCUAAAGAAAACUGUCUGGAGGUUUCUUUCCCAUCAACGACGGCCGUCGAAUUCUGUGAGAAGAAAGAAAUGCUGUCCUUCGUUGUAACUCCUGGAGAUGAUUAUAAGAAUGCCACGAAAGGUUUGCUGGGAACUUGGAAUGAUAACCCGGAUGACGACUACACGUUGCCUGAUGGGACGGUUCUACAAUCCUCCUCAUCGUUUAGAGAGAUUCAUUUCAAGUUUGGUGUUAAGUGGCAAAUUAAUCAAUCCCAGUCCUUAUUCGCCUACGCUAAAAAUGAAAGCGUGGACACGUUUGCUAAGCUGGAUUUCGAGCCCAUGUUUGCUGAUAACAUCAAGUGGCAUAACGACAGCUUAAGGCUCAAAGCUGAAGCUCAGUGUGGAGAUGAUUAUGAAUGCUUGUUUGACGUGGCAUCCACAAGAGACCUGUCUAUUGGCAUGGUAACAAAAGAUAUUAAUAUUCAGUUGGUCAAUGAGUCAAACAUUCUUGACAAUUUUCCACCCAAGAUAAUAAACAAUUCAAGCUCAAUAAACGCCACCUAUAAUUCAACUGUUCAGUUGGACAUCAUAGCGGAAGACACCGAUACGAUUACAUUUAGAGUGUUUAACGUACCCCCAGGCGCCACGGUGAACCAAAGUGGAAACGUGCUUCAUUUCACUUGGCUUGUUACAUCAACACGAAAGUUCAACUUAUCGUUUGUUGCUACUGACGACAAAGGUGCGAGCACAACCUGGAGUCCCACGAUUAAUAUGUGCGUCUGCUCUCAUGGUGGACAGUGCGUCUCACCAGAUGAAGGCGACCCAGUCAACACUGAUAGUAGAUUUGUUUACAUGGGAUGCGCAUGUCAGGGAGGUUACACAGGAAGGUUCUGUGACAGUGACAUUGACGCCUGCGAGAUGAAUGGUCAGCCGUGUUACGCAGGUGUGGAGUGCAUUGAUCUUCCUCCUCCAGCUAAUGCCAGUGGAUACACAUGCGGACCUUGUCCAACCGGUUAUACCGGAAGUGGCGCCCAGUGUGCAGAAUUCGAUGAAUGCCAGAGCAAUAAUUCAAACAACUGUGAACAAAUCUGUGUCAAUGUCCCGGGGUCCUAUUUAUGUGAUUGUCGUGAAGGAUACAAGCUCAAUGACGAUGGAAGAAGCUGUGACGAUAUCAAUGAAUGUGAGUUACGAAAUAACUGCACACAGCUGUGUGUGAACAAUCAGGGGAGUUACACCUGUUCUUGUAACCAGUAUUUUGAAAUAGAUCCCGCUGACUGGACAAAUUGUGUGGCCACAAAUCCAUGUUUGUCUGGUCAUGGCUGUUCACAAUUUUGCUUCAAAGGAAGUGAAGGCCAACCAACUUGUGCAUGCUUUGCUAACUACAGGUUGGAGAGCGAUGGAAAGACGUGCAAAGAUAUCGAUGAAUGUGACCCAGAAAAACCUCUCCAUCAAUGUGCUCAGAAUUGUGAGAAUAUCCCUGGAAGUUACAAGUGCUUAUGCCAGAAAGGAUUUGAACUGAGCAAAGAUGGUUACGAUUGUCAAGGUCUGGCCAAGGACGAUACUCCUCCCACCCCAGUGCUGCCAAUACCACGACAACCUUCAGAGAUGGAACGGGAACAGGCUGUACAGAUAUCAGUUGCAACUAAGGAUGAUGUGAGUGAUUAA